AUGACAAGAUACUAUCCUGUUCUUCGUUAUGGUUUACUUGGAAAUACUUUUGGGAGUGAUGCUAUAUUCAUUCCACAAACUCUUUAUCAAUCUUUUGCUCAAAAUUCUAAGAAUGAACGAAUUUUCGUUACUUUAAAACCUCCUCGUUUUAAUGAAAUUGUUCCUGCUGUUGUUGAAGGUCCAUCUCCUAUUGAUGUCAUUUUUAUUUCAGAUAAACUUCUUCCUGGAUAUGAUACUCUUAGUGUUCAAUUAGUAGAACUCCAAGAAGUUACAUCUAUUAAGUUUGAAGCAAUGAAUAUGGAAUGUUGUUCAUUAAAAAAUAUUAUUGAACCACUUCAAUCAGUAUUAAAAUUUUAUUCUACUCUCUAUGUUAAUGAACUUUUUGAAAUUAAUGUUUCUAAUGAAGAAGACAAUGUUCGUACAAUCACAAAAGCUCGUGUUGUGAUCAAACAAUUACAACCAUCUAAUAUGGUUUAUAUAUCCCAACUAAUGAAAGAUAUUAAGAUCGAAUAUGAUAAUCCUUUUUUAUCUAACACCUCUUCUAAUCAAAGUUUUAUUGAAAAUGAAAGUGAAGAAGAAGAAAAAAAUACUCAAGAAAAUGAUACACAGAAAAUUACUGCCAAGACUCAAACAAAGAAUAUUAUCAGAGAUGAAAAAGUACCUACUCUCAGUGAUGAAAGUCAUGAAGGAAAAACAUUAUGCCCUUUUUGUGGAUUAUGGAUUUCUGAAAAUAAAUUCAAAAUUCAUCAAUCUCAAUGUAAAAAAUUAACUACAAAAUGUCCUGUUUGUGGUACUAUAACUCUAAAAGACAAAUUACAAGAACAUACCAAAUUUCACUCAAUUGAAACAUGUCCUCAGUGUCAUAUCAAGUGUGAAUUAUUGUCAUUGAAUCGUCAUAUGAAUGGAAGUUGCGAUAAGAAAGUUAUUGAAUGUGAGAAAUGUGGUUGUGUAUUGUUCCAAUCAGACAAAAAAAUUCAUCAAGAUUGGUGUGACAAAUCAAUUCUUGAUGUUGUAGAUUAUGUCAGAAAUGAAAUUAUAGUCAAACGAUAUGGAGAACCUUCUCAAUACUCUGAAUUACCUAAUAACUUUGAUGUUCCAUAUUCUAGAACUCUAAAAAAUCAUUCUCAAAGACCUUAUCCCCCUCAACUAUUUCUAAAAGAAGAUCCUAUGGCAUUUAGUCGUCGUCCCUCUUACCACCAAAAUUUCUUAAAACAGAAUGACCUUCAGUAUCAUUUUGAUUUUGAAUGCUAA